AUGACUGGACAACGCUUUGCCCGUGCCGCUGCAAAGGCGCCUGUCAAGUACACUUCGGGCUCAGAGGACUCAGACUUCAGUGAUAAGAAACGAAAGAGGUCGACCAAAAUUACAGCCAAAGCCACUCGUACAAAGGGCACAAAGCGACCACAGUUGCCUGAUAAAGAGGCUGGGAAGACGCCCAAGCGCCGCAAGAGGUCUCCUGAAACGCUCGCGGCUGAACACAAAGAGAAAAGUAGGAUUCAAGAGGGAAAGGCUGCCAAACAGCAGGUGAAGCAGCUAUGGGAGGACUGGCUGUCAAAGAAUGAUGUAUCUGGCAAAUUGCUCGAUGACGAACCUGAGCGCGAUGAUACUGUCACGCAGACCGAUGCGCAUAAGCAGUACGACUAUGGCGGUCAGACCAAGCUGUUUCUGGCUGCAGAAGUAAAGAAGGUGGCAGUCCGGAAGUAUGGCUUGCUCACAGGCUCCAUGGAGGAGUCCGAAAUCUUGGAGAGAGGUGGAGAGCUCUGGGACGAAUGGAAGGAGAAACACAAGGACGACGCACAAGCAACUCCCAAUAAGCAAAACAAGGAAGCAACAGCCAAGGACACACCGAAGGCAAAGACGCCCAAAUAG